CUCUCCCUGCCGCUUCCGCUUCCGGUACGGGGUGCCAUGGGCGGCCGCAACAAGAAGCACCGGGGAGGCAGCGCGGCCCACGCCGCUUCUACUGCUGCUGCGGCCACUGCCGCUGCCCGAUCGCGAGCGGCUGCCGAAGCCUGUGCCGCCGCUGCCAAUGAGGUGGCGGGCAGCAGAGCGGCCCCGCGGCCGCCGCCCGCUUGCAAGGAGCCCCGCGUCAAGCAAGGUCCAAAAACUUACAGUUUUAGUUCACCAAUAGAUUCCAGUGCUGCUGCAGCUGCAAAUCUAGAUAAAUCUAUUCUUAAGGUAAUGAUAAGCAGUAAUUUGGAGAAAAGGAUUAUUGAUGUAAUCAAUGACCAUAAAAAACAAAACAAUGACAAAGGAAUGAUUUCCAGAAGACUGACUGCUAAGAAACUACAGGAUGUAUACAUGGCUUUACAAAGGUUUUCAUUUAAGACUGAGCACAUUGAAGAAGCAAUGAAAAAUACGCUUUUAUACGGUGGUGAUCUUCACUCUGCACUUGACUGGCUUUGUUUAAACCUUCCUGAUGAUGCCUUGCCUGAAGGCUUUAGCCAGCAAUUUGAAGAGCAGCAACAUAAACCUAGAGCAAAAUUUUGUUCUCCUGUGUCACAGCGUCAACCUCCACCUCGCUUAACAGAUAAGAAAAAGAAAGAGAAUAGCCCUGAAACUAAGGAGACGAAUAUGGAGGUAAAGAAAGAAAUGAGUAUGAAGGAGUGGAUUUUGCGGUAUGCUGAGCAACAGAGUGAUGAAGAGAAAAAUGAAUCUGUGAAAGAGACAGAUGAAGAAAAGUUUGACCCAAAUGAAAGGUAUGUACACCUGGCUGCAAAGCUUUCAGAAACAAAAGAACAAGCAAGCAUCUCCAAGCAAGACAAAGACAAGCAAGGCCAGAAGGUGGCACAAGAGAAAAUAAGAAGAAUUCAACAAGAAAUGGCAAUGCUUGAGGAGCAUCCUGUAUUUGAUCCAGCUGUAAAGACGUCAAACCAACAACAGAAGGAAAAGAAAAAAGCUCCCCCACUUCAACCUCAAGAAACCACUUUGAAUUUGAAUUUGCUUGAAAAACCUGAUGGUACUGCAAAGGAAGAGAAAGCCAAAAAGAAAGAACCACUAGAUGUAAGAAAUUUUGAUUAUAGUGCUCGAAGCUGGACUGGUAAAUCACCAAAACAAUUUUUGAUUGACUGGUGCAGGAAGAAUUUUCCCAAGAGCCCAAAUCCUGCUUUUGAAAAGGUUCCAGUUGGAAGAUACUGGAAAUGUAGGGUCAGGGUUACCAAAUCAUCAGAUGAUGUAAUGACAAUGUGUCCUACAAUCGUAACAGAAGACAGUAUGCAAGCACAACAUUUAGCUGCUACUUUGGCGCUCUAUCAUCUAACCAAAGGCCAGUCUGUUCAUCAGUUGCUGCCUCCUACCUACCGAGAUGUCUGGCUAGAAUGGAGUGAUAUUGAAAAGAAAAAGGAAGAAGAAAACAAAAUAGAAACUAACAAGCCUCGUGAUAACUUUAUUGCUAAAUUAUUAAACAAACUUAAACAACAGCAGCAGCUACAAUCUGAAAAGCAGCCAAAAGUAUCUGAAGGUCCUGAAGAUUCCUGGGAGAACCUAGUUUCAGAUCAGGACUUCAGCAGUCUCUCCCUUGACACCCUAGACAUAGAUAAUUUGGAACCUUCAAGGAAUUUGUUCAGAAAACUGCGAAGUUCCUCCAGAUACCAAAAGUUUCUGAAAGAAAGACAGGAAUUACCUGUAUUUAAGCACAGACAUUCAAUUGUAGAAACUCUUAAAAAACAUCGAGUAGUUGUUGUAGCUGGUGAAACAGGCAGUGGGAAGAGUACCCAGGUGCCCCACUUCUUGUUAGAAGACUUGUUGCUAGAUGAGGGAACAAGUAAGUGUAAUAUUGUUUGCACACAACCCCGGAGAAUCUCAGCAGUGAGCUUGGCCACAAGGGUUUGUGAAGAGCUAGGCUGUGAAUCUGGACCUGGAGGAAAAAACUCCCUGUGUGGGUAUCAAAUUCGUAUGGAAUCAAGAACAGGAGAAGCCACCAGACUACUAUACUGUACCACAGGUGUUCUGCUUCGGAAACUUCAAGAAGAUGGUCUUCUCUCAAGUAUAUCUCAUGUUAUUGUAGAUGAGGUACAUGAAAGAAGUGUCCAGUCUGAUUUUUUGCUAGUUAUCCUGAAAGAGAUCUUGCAUAAGCGUUCAGACCUGCAUCUGAUUUUGAUGAGUGCUACUGUGGACAGUGAGAAGUUUUCCAGCUAUUUCUCACACUGUCCCAUUUUAAGGAUCUCAGGGAGGAGUUACCCUGUUGAGGUUUUCCAUGUUGAAGAUGUAAUUGAAGCAACUGGCUACGUUCUGGAGAAAGACUCAGAAUAUUGUCAGAAAUUCUUGGAGGAAGAGGAAGAAAUAAUGAUAAAUGUUACUACAAAAGGAGGGGGCACUACAAAGUAUCAGGAGUAUGUCCCAGUCCAGUCUGGAUCUAGUAUUGAAUUGGCUCCUUACUAUGAACAGUAUAGCAGUCGGACACAGCAAGCAGUCUUCUAUAUGAAUCCUUACAAGAUCAACCUUGAACUUAUUUUGGAGUUGCUUGCCUACUUAGAUAGAAGUCCUCAGUUCAAGAACACUGAAGGUGCUGUGCUGAUCUUUUUACCAGGCCUUGCUCAUAUUCAGCAGCUAUAUGAUCUCAUUUCAACUGACAGAAGAUUUAGCUUGUGUGAUAGGCACAGAUUGAUAGCUUUGCAUUCUGUUCUUUCAACACAAGAUCAAGCAGCUGCAUUUACAAUACCUCCUCUUGGUGUUAGAAAGAUUGUUUUGGCAACCAAUAUAGCAGAGACAGGUAUUACAAUACCAGAUGUUGUCUUUGUAAUUGAUACUGGGAGAACAAAAGAAAACAGGUAUCGUGAAAGUAGUCAGAUGAGUUCCUUGGAGGAGACUUUUGUUAGCAAAGCUAGUGCUCUACAACGCCAAGGAAGAGCUGGGCGUGUUAGGGGUGGAUUCUGCUUCCGAAUGUACACAAGAGACAGGUUUGAAAGUUUCAUGGAGUAUUCAGUUCCAGAAAUAUUACGUGUGCCUUUGGAGGAAUUAUGCCUUCAUAUUAUGAAAUGCAACCUUGGCUCUCCUGAAGACUUCCUUUCCAGAGCAUUAGAUCCACCACAACCACAAGUAAUUGGUAAUGCAAUGAACCUGCUAAGGAAAAUAGGGGCUUGUCAGUUAAAUGAGCCCAAACUGACUCCAUUGGGCCAGCACCUUGCAGCCCUUCCUGUCAAUGUAAAAAUUGGCAAAAUGCUUAUAUUUGGUGCUAUAUUUGGCUGCUUGGAUCCUGUGGCAACUAUAGCUGCUGUUAUGACAGAAAAAUCGCCAUUUACUACACCAAUUGGUCGAAAAGAUGAAGCAGAUCUUGCAAAAUCAUCUAUAGCACUGGCAGUCUCAGAUCAUAUAACAAUCUACAAUGCUUAUCUGGGGUGGAAAAAGGCUCGGCAAGAAGGAGGACAUCGUGCUGAAAUGACUUACUGUCGAAGAAAUUUCCUUAAUAGAACUUCACUGUUAACUCUGGAGGAUGUGAAGCAAGACCUCAUAAGGGUGGUCAGAGCAGCGGGGUUCACAGCACCUACAACUCAACAUCGAUGGGAUGGAAAUGGAGCCACACAAUCUCUGUCUCUCCAUGAAAUUGCUCUUCUUAAAGCUGUGUUGACUGCAGGGCUGUAUGACAAUGUAGGAAAAAUAAUAUAUACAAAAUCUGUGGACAUCACAGAGAAGCUGGCGUGCCUGGUAGAAACUGCUCAGGGUAAAGCACAAGUGCAUCCCUCCUCAGUAAAUCGAGACUUACAGAUACAUGGAUGGCUUCUGUACCAGGAGAAGGUGAGGUAUGCAAAAGUGUACUUGAGAGAGACUACUUUAAUAUCACCCUUUCCCAUUUUGCUUUUUGGUGGGGAUAUAGAAGUCCAGCAUCGGGAGCGUCUCCUGACGGUUGAUGGCUGGAUCCAUUUUCAGGCUCCUGUAAAGAUAGCAGUAAUUUUCAAACAACUGAGAGUUCUCAUAGAGUCUGUCUUACAGAAGAAGCUCGAAAAUCCUAAAAUGUCACUUGAAGAUGAUAAGGUUUUACACAUCAUCAAAGAACUGAUAAAAACAGAGAAUGGUAACUGAAACUGGACAUAAGUAGCAAUCCAGAGCUUUGGUAAUGCCAGGAGAAAUACGCACUCCAACACUAAAUGAAAGUAUUUAAAUGAUUAGUGUGGUAAAUACCAGUUAUGAUGUGGGAAGACUGCAUGAUUUCUACAUAGAACUUAAUUUCUAUAUCAUCUUUAAAGAUGAAUGUGAACAGAUUAAUAAGUUUAUCCUUUUAUGCCAGUGCCAUUUAUCAGAAUGUAUGAAUGAUCAUGGAAUCACAGAAUGGCUUGGGUUGGAAGGGACUUUAGAGAUACCCAGUUCCAACUCCUCUCUUAUGGGCAGGGUUGCUGCAUGUUAGAUCAGACUGCCCAGAGCCUUGCUUCAACCAGGAAUGAGGCGUUCACAGCUUCUCUGGGCAGCUUGUUCCAGUGCCUCAUCACUUUCUGAGUAAAGAAUUUCCUCCUAGAUUCCCCUCUAACCUAAAUCUCAUUUUUUAAAACCAUUCUCCAUUGUUCUGUCAUUAUCAGACUGUGUUGGAAAAAAAAAAAGUUUUCCAUCUUGUUUAUAAGCUCCCUUUAAGUACUGGAAGGCUGCAAUGAUGCCUCUCCAGAGCCUUCUCUUCUCCAGGCUGUUGAGCUCCUUCAGCAUUUAUUUGUAGGAGGGGUGCUCCAGUCCUCUGAUUAUCAUCAUAGCCCUCCUUUGGGUCUGCUCCAACACUUUCAUGUCUUUCUGCUGCUGGGGGCUCCAGACCUAGAUGCAGUACUGUAGGUGGUGCCUUACAAAAGCAGAGCAGAGGGGCAAUCACCUCUCUCACCCUGCUGGCCACCCUUCUUUUGAUGCAGCCCAGGAUACAGUUGGCCUUGUGUGCAAGUGCACAUUGCUGGCUUGCCUCAAACUUUUCAACCACCAGAACCCCUAAGUCCUUUUUUUCAGGGCUGAUCUCAAUGAGUUAUCCCAAUCUGUACAUGUAUCUGGGAUUUCCCUAAACUAGGUGUAGCACCUUGCACUUGUUGAACUUCAUUAGGUUUGUGUGGGCCCACUUCUUAUGCUUGUCCAGAUCCCUUUGAAUUACAGGCAGAUCUAGCAUGAUCUGCCCUUGGUGAAGCUGUGUUUGCUGUAUAUCAUGUCCUUGUGUUGCAUGUGCCUUAACAUAGCUUCCAGGAGGAUCUGUUUGAUGAUCUCCCCAGGCACAGGUAGGAGCCUGUAGUUUCCCAGGUCUUACUUUCCACCCUUAAAAAUGGGAGUGAUGUUUCCUUUUUCCAGUUACAAGGGACCGCCAUGACUUUUCAAAGAUGAUGGAGUGUGGCUUGGCAACUACAUCAGCCAGUUCCUUCAGGACUGGGUACCAAGGAGCUGUUUGGUUUCAUCAGAUCGUCUUGGACUUGCACUUAAAAGAGGAAGAGACUGUGUUCCUUGCUUAGAGGUUCAGGGAUAUAAGGGAUGUGGGAAGGCUGACUACCGGUGUAGACUGAAGCAAAGAAGUUGAGUACAACAGCCUUCUUCCCUAUCUGUUGUUUCCAGUUACCCCCUUCUCAUUUAUCAGAUGGGGUAUGCUCUCCUUAUCAGCCUUUCUCUUCUGACAAAUGUACCGACAGAAUCCUUGUUAUUUUUCAUGUCCUUUGCCAGGUUCAGUUCCAUCUCUGCCUUGGUGUUCCUGAUUUACCUCUACACAUAUACGAACAGCAUCCAUGCCCCCUUCCCAGGCCACAUGCCCCUGCUUCCACUGUUUGUGCAUUCCACUCUUAUCCUUGAGUUUGACCAGCAGGUCUUUUUUCAGCCAUGCUGGUCUCCUGCUUCCUUGGUUUGAUUUCUUAUUUUGAUUUCUUAUGCCUGGGGAUGGAGAGCUCUUGCACUCUCAGAAAAGCAUUCUUAAAAACUGCUGUCUCUGUUCCAUUCCUUUGUCCCUAAGGACAGCUUAGGGACAGGAGAUUCCCAGGGGAUCCCAUCCAAUAGUCCUUUAAACAUACGGAAGACUGCUCUUCUGAAGUACAGGAUCUUGACUCCGCUCUCUGUCAGUGUGACAUUCCUCAAGAUCACAAAUUCAACCCGGGCAUGGUCACUACAGCCCAGAACUCCCUCCACUCUUAAUUAAUGAUAUCCUCUGCACUGGUGAGCACCAGGUGGAGUGGUGCUUCACCUCACAUUGGUUUGUCGAAUACCUGCACCAAGAAGUUAUCCUCUGAAGCAAGAAGACUGUGUCAACAGACUCCUAUUGAUCAGGCAGCCUGAAGUCCUUUAUUAUUCCAGUCCUAAAUUUUUGCCCACAAGCUUUCAGCCUGAUCCUGGCUAUUUCUCUGAGGCAACUUCUUGCAGUCUAUCCAUUUGUUAACAUAGAGGGCAUCUCCCCUCCCUUCCUUCCUUGUCUAUCUCUUCUGAAAAUCUUGCAGCUCUUGAACUGCAUUGUUCCAGUCAUGCAAUUUGUCCCACUGUGUUUCCAUGGCAGCAAUUAAGUCAUAGUUUUCUAGUUACAGCAUGGCUUCCAUCUCCUCCUGCUUGUUUCCUGUGCUGCAUGCAUUGGUGUUGAUACACUUCAGCUGGACUAUCAAUGAUGUUACUUUCCAAGAGGAGCCCUCCUGAAUUCCUUUAUGGCAAACAUGAGUUUUUUCACUGCUUCUUCCUAGAGUGACAGUGUAUCCUGGGUCUUUCCUAUUACUCAGAACUAGAUUCAACAGUAGAAGUGAAUGCAGUUUUAAAGCUCUGUUAACAAGUCCAGCCAGCUUGCUGCCCAGAACAUUCUUGCCCCACCUGUUCAGUUGUGUCCCAUCCAAUAUUAGCAUUAUCUGUCUCUGUAAGGUGUGACUGAGAUCAAAGAAUCCAGAGCGCUGAGUGUGGCACCAUCCACGUAGUCAUUCAUUCUCCUGGCCAGUCCACCUCCUUCUUCCUGGGUCCCAGUCUCCAAGCAGGAGAUGAAUGAUGAAAGCAUGUUCUCUUGUAUAAAAAUGGCCAUGGCCAACUCCAGUUUUUGCUUCUCUUACACUGAUCAUACCAUUAAUGGCGAUGCAGACUGUACUACUAAUUCAAAAUUGGGUCUUGAAUCUCAGUAAGGUAGUACUCCAAUAGAUUCAUGCAAACAGAAGACAAAUAUUUCUUACAUUGGUUUUGUAAGUAUUUUAUUAAGAUAUGAAUACAUGGUAUUAAAGCAGCUUGUCUUACAGAUAUCUUUUUCUCCUGUAUGGUUUACAAUUCAAAAAAUGCUGUAACAAGAAGGUAGUGUGCCAUGUUCAGGUGCAGGGCUUAGCCAAACACGUGUAGUGACCACUAGCCUGUCUCUCUUUCCUUUGUGUCUUCUCACGCUUGUUCUUCCCCAUUCACCUGGAUCCUUGUUUCUUCCUGCCUUUGGCCCAUCCCCGGGGGGGCAGUGGAAUAAGUUUUGCUUUCCCACAAGCCCUCUCUCUUAUCCUAUAAUGAGCUUUGUGUAGUUUCACAAGCCCCUUUAAAUCUCAUAAUACUCAUGAUGACUGUGUUUAGCACGUAUUGGUUAAUAAAGUUCAGGCUGACUCUCUUCACUGCUGUACUGGAGCGGUUGCUUAAAUGGCUAAAAAAAAAAAAUCAGUGGCUGAAGACCUCAGGUCUUCGUUAUUUUCUUAACUUGUUCCUUAAUUUUUGUGCAUCUGCAUGUUUAACUCCAUAGAAUCAUAGAAUAUCCAAAGUUGAAAGGGACUCAGAAGUAUCGAGUCCCGCUCCUGGCCACCCAGAAUUCAAACCCCACGUCUGAGGGUGUUGUCCAGAUGCUCUUUGAACUCAGUCAGCUUGGUGCCAUGACCACUGCCCUGGACAGCCUGCCAGGACCUGACUGCCAUCUGUGAGGAACCUUUUCCUAAUUCCCAACCUGAUUCUCCCCUGACACAAAUUCUUUUGUUUUUCUUUAUACUGAAUAGAACUUAACCAGAUAACGUAAUGAAACAGAUCCAUUGUUCACAACAAUGAAGUAAGAAUUUCAGGAUCAGGCCCUCAGCUGUUAGGGUAGAGAAACUUUUACCUUUUACCAUGCAGCAGUUGCACUCUAGGCAGUAACUCUGUAUGUACAGACAGGUGCAUAGUACAGAAGGUAUCUUUCAUUUGAGAAGUACAAGUUCCAUGCAGCAGGUUAGUGGUGUCUUCUUUUUAAGGAGGCAAUGAGGAAAAUGCAUGAUCUUGAAAGAGACCAAGGAAAACAUACAGAGAUACCCAGUUAGAUGAUGAUGGGAGAACUGGUAGUGCUGUGCUAAACGGAAAUCAUGAGGUGAUAGUAAACUGAUCCAUGAACACUAGCUUAUACUCCAUCCUGGAAGAAGGCAAGUUGUAAUGCUUUCCUAGGGCCUCUGAGGUAAAAGUAAUCAAUCUGCUAUCCUUUUAUGAACUGUGAUAAGGUAGUAGUGUUCCAGCUUUCCUAGAAAAGACAGGGAGUGCAUUAUUUUUAAUUGUAAAGUAUACAACACUUAAAGUACUUCUUUAACUGCUUAAGUUUGAUCUUCCAGCCUCAAUCUUGCACUCUGUUCCUUAGAUGCAUUCUUUUUUAUAGUAGAAGUGUAGGUAUAAAAAAAAAAAACCUAUAAAUUGCAUUCCUGAAAGAUAAAAUUAAAUCUGCAUCCCAGCUAGCCAAAUUCCAAGCAACUGAUUUCUUAGGUUUUGUUCUAGUUUAAGUCUUUUAUUUCUCUCCUUUGGAAAUGUGAAUUGGAGAUAUAUUUCAGUAGUUGGACAACUGUUUAACUCCUGUUUCUUUUGGAUUUGAAUGUCAAACAUCAAUUGGUAUCUCAAAAUGGCUAAAUUCUAGUAAGACUCUUAAUUGUCCUUGAGGUUUUUCUCCUUUAUUUAAUCAUGGUGAACAUAGACUUUUAAUUCCAUUUACGUAUGGUAAUGUUGAAGCUGAUAGGAAUUCUUUGUGUUUCCCCAGCAUGCCUUGCUUUGUAAUUUCUUCUUCAGUUGUUAAUGAAAGGAUUUACUGUAAUAACUACGGAAUUGGUCACUGUGUUUGGAGUGAUCAACAGUUUCUGCAGAACAGAUGAAACAGGUCAAACUGUGGUAUUGCAGAUAACUAUGCUUAUCUUAAAAUUUAAUGGGGAUUUAACAGAUGAUCGCAGUGGCUUUCUGUUUAUGCAGAGUACGUGAGAAACUUUGUGCCUGUGCUCUUUUGAAUGGAUGAAUUUUCUUUUUGUUCCAUUUAUUUAAUAAAUACUUUUAAUACGUUGUUGUUA